AAUACAUGCAUGUCUGGGACUAUAUGUGAAGGGAAAGUGGUGGAUCCGAAUUUGCUUACGUAUCAAACAGAAAUAUAUUGGAGGAAGCUGUUUACAUAGAAAUAUCUCUUUACUUUUACAAUGGCAUCUAGAAAUAUCUCAAAUACUAUUUAUCAGAUUUUAUCCUUUCUUAUCUCUCUAUCUAUUAUGGGUUAUUUAUCCCAAAUAUUUUGUCAGAUAAAUAAUCAAUUUUCCGGACAGGAUCUGAGGUGUCGCAAUUUUAUCACGAAAAUUAAUGGAGAAGCAAACAAUUCCACACUCUGAGCUCUUAUUCGACAAUACUUUAUGGUUUGCAGAAUCGAAUCGAAAACGACCACCUCAACUGAGCAGGAGCUGUGGAAAUCUAUUUAAUGGAGAGAGAUUCCCACGGUAUCUUCACUGAUUGAUCUUUGUUCUCUACUACCCAGAAUUUUAUUUUAAUAUUUAACCCAUUGAUCGUCUUGGUUGGUAGUUCUUGAUUCUGCUUCGGAGACUGAAAACUAGCUUCCGCUCUUCACGCUUCACUUCAUUCCUCAGACGAACAGAGAAAGAGACGGUAUUCGAAGAUGGGUCAAGGUGGGAUGUCUCAUGGUGUUGAUGAAGGGGAAGAGAACAUGGCCGCUUGGCUUCUUGGUAUCAAUAAUCUCAAAGUUCAACCUUUCAAGCUUCCUCCUGUUGGCCCUCAUGAUGUUAGAGUUCGGAUUAAAGCUGUGGGUAUCUGUGGAAGUGAUGUUCAUUACCUAAAGACCAUGAGAUGUGGAGAUUUUAUUCUUAAAGAGCCCAUGGUAAUUGGGCAUGAAUCUGCUGGAAUCAUAGAAGAAGUUGGUUCAGAAGUGAAGCAUGUCGUUGUGGGAGACCGUGUUGCUCUGGAGCCUGGGAUCAGUUGCUGGCGCUGCGAUCUCUGCAAAGAAGGCCGCUACAAUUUGUGCCCUGAGAUGAAGUUUUUUGCAACUCCUCCAGUUCAUGGUUCUCUAGCCGACCAGAUUGUGCAUCCUGCUGAUCUAUGUUUUAAGCUGCCUGAAAAUGUAAGCUUAGAAGAAGGGGCAAUGUGUGAGCCACUUAGUGUUGGUGUCCAUGCUUGUCGCCGUGCUAAUAUUGGCCCAGAGACGAAUGUGUUGAUCAUGGGAGCAGGUCCCAUUGGGCUUGUUACAAUGUUAGCUGCUCGAGCUUUUGGAGCCCCUAGGAUUGUCAUUGUGGAUGUUCAUGAUGACCGUUUAUCUGUUGCAAAGAAUCUUGGUGCAGAUGAAAUUCUUAAAGUUUCACAUAAUAUUCAGGAUACUGCUGAAGAAGUGGUUCAAAUAAACAAGGCUAUGGGAGCUGGAGUGGAUGUGACUUUUGACUGUGCAGGCUUUGACAAAACUAUGUCUACAGCUCUGAGUGCUACCCGUGCAGGUGGCAAGGUAUGCCUAGUGGGAAUGGGUCAUAGUGAGAUGACUGUUCCUCUUACUCCAGCAGCUGCAAGAGAGGUGGACAUUAUCGGCAUCUUCCGCUAUAAAAACACUUGGCCUCUUUGCCUUGAGUUUCUGAGGAGUGGAAAGAUUGAUGUGAAGCCCCUUAUAACCCACAGGUUUGGGUUUUCACAAAAGGAGGUAGAAGAAGCAUUUGAAGCCAGUGCUGGUGGAGGUAAUGCUAUCAAAGUGAUGUUUAAUCUGUAGAUGAAAAACAAACACCUUCAUGGUUUCUUGUAUUGGGCUAGAUCUGUAGCUUCUAUCUGCUUUUGUUGGAACAGAUAUUGUGAAUAUUAAGAAAUAAAAACAUAUUAUCAGCCUUAUAAUUUUA